AUGGUGCGCGCGACGACGACGACGACGACGACGACGACGACGACGGGACGGAGGACGGGACGGACGCGCGUGGGGCGGGCGCGGUGGAUGAAUAGCUCGUUCGUGCGAGAUGGAUCGCGAGACCCGACGCUGGUGGACGUCGAGAUCACGGAGGAGGAGGCGCGGACGCGCGCGGAUCGACGAGAGGCGUUCGCGGCGCAUCUGCGGGAGACGCGCGCGGAGAAGGAACUGGUGAUGGCGUUCGCGACGAUGUAUCGAUUGAACGCGCGGCCGAAGGAUCCGUUGGAGUGGUUGCUGGAAUACUUUGAGCGGGAUCAGCGCACGUGCGUGCGGAUGGCGGAACGAAAGGCUGAGGAGUACGCGUCGGAGUUGCGACGCGUCGAGGAGGAGCGCGCCGCGGCGGAGGCGAAGGUGCUCGAGUUGAACACCAAAGUUGAGAAUCUCGAGCGAAAGAUCGAGGAGAUGAAACGUCGGCGAGUCGCGAUCGGUAUGGAUGAGCGUGAAGGCGGACGGCACACUUCAGAAGAUAAAGCCGACGUCUUCGACGACAUGGGUCGGCGAGUGAAGCCGGGCAUGACCGCGACGGAAUACGCCGCGAAGAACGGACACGACGCCGCGUCGUUGAGCGACAUCUCGGAUACGGACACACACAGGAAGGAGGAAAAGAAGGAAAAGAAGGAGAAGAAGGAAAAGAAGGAAAAGAAGGAAAAGAAGGAGAAGAAGGAGAAGAAGGAGGAAAAAGAGAAGACUAGACGCUCGUCGUUGACCUCAGACGAGGACUUCUUUGGCGCGCCGGCGGGCGCGGUCGCCGACGUCUCCGGUCGCUUGUAA